AUGUCCACCGCCGUUUGGGAUCCCGAUACUAUUCUCCAAAUCACCGACCCCUCAGGCCGAGGCAUGAUAUGCGUCGGUCUGGCACGCCCCCACUCUCCCAGUGGACUUCGCGGUCGAUGUCGGUAUGAUAUCCUGCCUGAUAGGCAUAGGGCCAUUCUUUCCAUCUUAGAUACUAUGUCCAGGACACCGCCGCAGUAUGUGACCAACAGGGAACUUCGGUCCAUUGCUCGAUUGGGAUUGUGCGAGUGGCAUACUCACCAGGUGGAGAAGGUUGUGGCUAACUGGGAGGAUAUCCUUGGAUGUGUCGAGAGUAUCAGCGGGACGUACAAAGGGCAAGGGGAAGAGAUUAUUCAAGACUCGAAGGAACUGCAGAAAGAGGUCGAUGAGUGUAGAAGGUUGCUUCUAGUCAAAGGGGAUUGUGAGGAUGCUCUUUCUGUGGUGCUCCGUCGGCAUCUUAACAGGAAUGCACGAUUGAAGAAGGAAUUAGUGGAGAGUCAAGCGACUUCUGCUCGGCUGCAGAAGGAUUUAGCGAGGAUUAAGGACCAGAAAGAGGAAAAUUCUAGACUCUCUGCUGAGAACUCUCGCCUAUCAACUUUACUCAAGAGAGCCGAGGAAGAACAAGAACGCUGCAAGGAGCAGGCAACCAACCUGACUGCAGAAUGCGAGAAACUGCGCAAGCAGAAUGCAGAAUUACAGGCGGAUGUCAACUCCGGGAAGGACAAGUAUAAAGAUUUGCAAGACAGGGAACAGUCAGCAACUAGGGAACUGAUCGCCGCGAGUACUCAACUGCAUGAACUUCAGUCUGCCAACCUGGGUCUGGAGAACAAUAAGCAGACCUUGCAGUUGGAGAUCGACAUCCUAGAACAGGAGGUGAAGAAAUUGAACGAGAAAAAUACCUCCAUCUCUGCAAGUACUGCAGCUUCAUUGCAGACAGUCACAAACGAGUUGUCGGCUGCCCAUCAAACGAACACGGAGUUACGCACUCAGAUCGACCAGCUAUCGACACCGAUCUGGUACAGAUUAAUACAAUGGAUUAAGCAAAAACUCACGGGUCUCUCGAAUUUGCGGAACCCCGGCAAAGAAGUCUCAGAUGAAGAGGAGGGAGUGGCGCUGGCCCCAACUGUCCCAGGCAGGGAUGCAGGACUGGUUGACGGAGCAGAGCAAAUAUAG